GCUGAUAGAGACGCUAGGCUCUGGGAAUUUCGGUAGUGUGAGUAAAGGACUGUGGACUUCUGAGAGUGGAGUGAUGGAGGUGGCAGUGAAGACCCUGACAGACUCGGCCAACACUGUCAAGUUUCUCCAGGAGGCAGCCAUCAUGGCCCAGUUCAAACACCCCAACAUUCUCACUCUACAUGGAGUUGUCACAACAACUGAGCCUAAAAUGAUUGUUGUGGAAUUGAUGCACAAUGGAGAUCUUAGAGCAUUUCUCAAAGAUUUGAGGCCAGACCCAGGGGAAAUGGUGCCCAGUGAUAUUCCAACACAUCUCCUGGAGUUUAGUGUCCAGAUAGCCAUUGGGAUGAACUACCUUGCCUCAAAGGGGUUCAUCCAUAGAGACUUGGCUGCCAGAAACAUCCUCAUCUCGAAACAUAACAUAUGCAAGAUUGCUGAUUUUGGCAUGGCAAGGGAUCUGCUGGAUGAAAACUAUGCU